AUGACAUUUGGCGCGUGUAAUGUGCGCACACUUCUUGACCGUGAAGAAAAUGCCUGCCCUGAGCGGAAAACUGCCAUCGUAGCUCGGGAACUAAGUAGCUAUAAUAUUGAUGAGGCUGCACUCAGCGAAACACAUCUGCCUGAUGAAGGAGAGCUGGUAGAAUACGGCGGCGGGUAUACUUUCUUUUGGAAAGGACUCGCUUCCUCAGAGCCGCGAAGGUCUGGUGUGGGCUUUGCUGUCAAGAACUACCUUGCUGCUCAACUACAAGAAUACCCUAUACACAUCUCGGACCGCAUUACCAUAUUGCACCUUUACAUGGGACGUGAAAACUAUCUUAAUGUAAUCAGUGGCUAUGCCCCUACGCUAGACAAGUCUGAUGAAGUUAAGGACAAAUUUUACGAAGAAUUGACGCGGUGUAUAGAUCGUAUCCAUUCAAGGGAGCAAAUCUCUUGGGCGACUUUAAUGCCCGAGUAG